AGUUUGGUGUCUGCGCUUAUCCACAUACCGACAACAUCUUUAUCCACCUAGGGUGCUCUCACCUUAAGCCUUCGGGCUGGCUGCAAAGUCUUUCUAGCUGCUGAUAGCAGCUUCCAGUCAUCACAAUGGGCUUUCUUAGACUAUUCAGCAAGAGGUCGGGUAACAAGAGCAAGGUGGAUGUGUCUCCCAAAUCGUUAGAUUAUGAGGCUAUGGUUGCUGGAGCACCCCCAGUUCUAGGAACGAAUCCGGCACGAGGAAAUGGACCACUCCAAAUCAAGAUCCUUCCGCGAGAUGUCAGCGAUGCCCAGAUUGCCGUCAGAGCCGAUGGGUUAGUGGCCGAUGGAUUCCCAAUGCCAAGUCCCGUCACCCCUAGCUUUCGAGCGGAGGAUGUCGAGCGACCAAGCUCAGCCCCGAAUGGGCUUCGGACACUUUCUCGCUCGUUAGGGGCCGGUGGCAGCUUACGAGUUACACGAGGUGCGAAAAGCCUCCUCAAGAGACCACCUCCACUUUCAUUCCGUAUGGCCAGACCCGAGACUUCACCACGUCCCCGAUCAAUUUCUCAGAAUGGGAUCGAUACCAUUGUCUUCGCCCAGCCACAAGUUGCUCCUUCGGUACAUUCAAGAAGUAACUCUAUUGUCAGCAAUACCGGAAGCCGUUACAGAGAUAUAAUCGAAGCGCACUCUGAAAUCAAGCCUAUCAACUUCAAGAUACGAAUGAAAGCUACAGGCAUCAGAGAUUAUGGCGAGGAUGUUGCAGAGAGGAAUCUGGGAGAAAACGGUCACAAUCUGGACUCACCCUCGGUCAAGGCAUUUUAUGCUCGUUCCUCCAUGAUCUCAGAAAAGUCAAAGAUGGAUGAGAUCACAAAAAGGCUUGAAUCGGAACCGAACAGCCGUAGAGCCAGGGCACCAGCGGUGGCUUUGAAUCUUCCUAUCGAUUUGUCGACCAGCUCGACCAUCUCCCAGACCUCGCCGCGGGCAACAACAUCCUAUGAACCAACAUCUCCUUCCUACGCACAUCCGGAUAGAACACUUUCUCUAGAUGUACGACUGCCAGUGAACUGUAAUUUGCAACAGUCCCGAUCUGUCAAUCCAUAUAUGCCUGUCGAAUCGAACCAGAGCACCAAUGUUCCGAAGACAGCCGCCACCACAGAACAGGAUACCGAAGUGCAUGAUCACCCUCCUGUCAUCGAAUGGCCCCUCAGGACCAUCGCUGCUAGUACGCUGAAACCGUCUGCUGGGGAUGCUACUCUGUCUUUGAAACUGCCACAGAUGAUCAAAUCUACACCAUUAUCCCCAAACGAGGAGCAAUCGGCCCCAAGAGGCCCUAGCGCUUUAUCAAAUGCAUCGUCAGUGAAGUGUUUUGCGGUGAACCCCGAAUACCAUCACGAGCGAUCAUGGUCAAGCUCAUCCUCCACUGUCUCGAUUUCGGACAUGAGAUCCAACCCGUCUUCGCCUUCAAGAUCCCAACACACAGCCGAUACUUCGGUUAACUUGAGCCAAACCUCGUUCAAGAGCGCCACACCAUUACCGAGCUUGACAUUCCUCCCGAUACCAGAAGCUCCCGAUAACUUCAACAUUGACGACUACAUAUCAACAGACGCGUCCUCCAUCAAGGGACACCAACGUCACACCGGCGAAAGCGAGGAAGAGCUACUUUUCAAUGACUUUGGCUACGGUGCACAUGGUACACAGCUACCCGGGCUCUUGGACUCGAGCACCCUUUUUGAGCGGGAAGCCAGCCCGGUUCCAAUUCAGAGUCAGCAUUGCCGUUGCUCCUCAUGGACCACUACUCCGAUCAAUGCCGGUUCGUUUGGGAGGGCAGUCGGACAACAGCGGUAUGUCCUCGACACAGGUGUCGAGGAUGAUUCAGAUGAGACAGACUAUGAAGACUCUUCAAGGUUGAUGUCCCCUAUCCCUCUUCAUUCGCCUAAACCCCAACACCAUCACGCUCUCAGCGGAGAUAUCUACCAUGGAGUGGUGGGCCAUGUUCCACGAACUCGGACCUUUGGGAGUGAUGGAACCUUUUCGUUGCAAGGGUCGCGGGGAACGAAGAGAACACCGGUUGUCUUGAACUGUCGUGGAAUACAAGGUUCGGAGAUGGCUGUUGCUAGUACUGAUACUCGUCCUAUCACCCCGGUUUCUCCCAGAAACCAGAGCAAGGAUAUCGCCAAGAUCAAGACACCCGAGAACACAAAGGGAGAGAAAGGGAAACAAAAGAUGCAAGAGAAAGAGGAUGAAAAUAAGGAGCAGCAAAACGACGCGGGCAACAAAAAAUUGCUUCUUCCAUCAACACCAGAAGCUACUGUCACUGCCGCUAUGAAGCGAAGGAAACAAAUCAAAGCGGGCAAGCGGGCAACAGAGCCGAUCAGGAAACGAAGACCCCCAGGGCACGGACAAGGGGUGAUUAGUAGCCCCAAGAGCCCCAAGAGUCCACCAAAGAGUCCAAGGAUAGCAAGUAAGAGGUUGAUGCAAAGAACGACGCCGAUAGGGGCUGGGGGAGGUGAAUGCUCUGACGAGGAACAUCAUGCGGAUACUGAGGGAUAAGGGUGAUAGGAUAGCUACCUAGGGUAGAGUUGAGGUUAGCUACGUUGUAGUUGUUGUUGUUUCCUUUGUUGAAUGACCCGGGACUUUUCAUCUUGUGGGUUGUGGUGAGGAGGUGUGGUUUGUUUGGUCAAAAGUUGGGGUUUGGCUAGCGAUUUGUCUAUUUUUCAUAUUCAUAUAUUUCGA